AUGUGCGGCGCCGACUGUUUCUUGAUGCUCUUAAGCGUCCUUUUCCCACCCAUCGGAGUUUGGGUAAAGCGUGGUGUCUGCUCCGGCGACUCUCUCAUCAAUAUUGCGCUUUGCUGCCUCGGCUUCCUCCCCGGUCUGCUGCACGCCUGGUACAUCAUACUGCAGAAUCCCGAUCAAUACGAUGGUUACGGCCCAGUGCCUGACAACGAGGGCGGACGACAGGGCACAACGUACUAUGUCGUCUCGCACACGGGACCAGCACGCCAGCAGGGCGGUAUGAACUAUGGCACUGUUCCGCAGCAGCAGCCAAAUGGUGGACAAUUUCCCGGCCAGCAGACUGGCGUCACAAACCAGAAUGCUCCCAAGAAGAGCGGUAAGAGUGCCAGCGGUCCAGGGAAUGCGCCGCAGCGUUCAGGCGGGGAGGGGAGUAGCAAUCAGCCAGAAGGACCACCACCAACUUAUGCGGACGUUAUCAAGGGCGACCAUAAGGUGCAGAGCCUAUGAGCCCAGGUCAGCUCAUGCAGGCCGAUAAUCAAACUGUCAACGGUUGGAGGAUACGAAGUCAUGUCUCGUAUGGAUAUGGCGUUUAGGUUAAGACUGGUAUAGGAUAGCGACGGCGUUUUGCGCAUGCGAGGUUAUUGUGGAGCUGUAUGUAUCGCACUGGACAUAAUGAACUUUCCACGCUGGAGAACGCAACGAGAUUAUUCUGGGUUUAGCGAUGCGCCUCGGUAAAGGCUCAAACGUGACGGCUGAACGUGACGACAACGCCCCGCCAAUACCUGAAUCUUCAAAUAUGUC